AUGGCAAUAAAAGAUAAGAUCCUCGCGGCCCUUGCCGCCCUUUCAGAUCGCAUGCACAUGAUGGUGUCUUUCCAGAAGGAAGCUGACGAGGAUGAGCGCAUGUGCGACGCAAUAGAGAGCGGACUCUUUCCAUCAGCGCUUGGUGCGAACAUAGGCGCAAAGACGAUGAAAAUCGAUAUGCUGAGGGACUCUCAAGAGCGCAACCAGCAUCUCGUCAAUCAUGAGCAACUGGCAUGCGUGCGCUGUAAAUAUCAAUGUGCCUCAUCGCCAACACCUAUAGCGCCAGCUCGCCAUCAAGAAGGCCUGUGCUUUGCGACACCUACGGCAGUUCAGCGGAAGCUUACGAUUCGCAAGUUUGACUGCACUUGA